AUGAGUUGGGGACUUCGUCCGGAAGGAUAUGGAGAACCUUUCUACGGGGAUGAGGCAAGAUUUUCUAUUCAAAUGUACCACAAUGGUGAAAUAAGAGAUGCCAUGGUGAAGGAGUUAGGGCACGAAGGUUUGAUUAACUACUGGUACAGUAUUCCAGGUGAUAGUUUUGAUGGUGGCCUAGUUAAGCUGAGUGAGGAUACAGAUGUCUUAGACAUGCUAGUAUUUGUGCCAGACACUAGGGUGAUAAAUAUAUUCCUAGAACAUGUCUUGGCAUGCAGUCAAGAGCAGUUUUACAGUCAAGUGGGUUCAAACAUAUUUAUAAAUCUGGAUCAUGAUUUUGGGACCAGUACUGGGGUAGUUUUGCAAGAGCUUGAUGACAAUUAUGAUGCCAUUGUUCCAGUGGGUGGGGGAGUUGGUGGAGAAGGCAAAGAGUUGAAUGAAGAAGGGCUGAAUGAAGAAAGGUUGAAUGAAGAAGGGCUGAAUGAAGAUGGGUUGAUUGAUGAAGCUUCUAAACAAGGCAAAGAAACUGCCACUAUGAAUAAUGAGGAGAAUUUUGACAAGGGCCAAGAAAAGCCAAGUCAAGGUUGUUCUGAUAAAGGCAAAGGCAAGGAUAAAGAGAUGUCACAUAGGGUGAAGCGUGCAUUUGGAAGGGUUGAUGGUGUCAGGACCGAGGUUCAAAGGCAUUCCAUGAUGUUGAGAAGUGGAAGAAUAAUGGCAAAUGCUGCAGACUUUGAAGAUGAAGAUGAUGAUGCUUGUGAUAGUGAUAGUGAGGACUCAGAUUAUAUGAUUCCCAAAAACUUCAAUGAAUAUGAAGAUCAAGAUGAUGUUUGUUUUGAUGAAUGGGUGGAUGACCAAACUGAAUGGAUAGGGGUUAAAGAAACUGGGAAUGAGACUGCUCCUGAUUGGCCUACAGAUGUUGAAUUGGAUUCUGAAGAUUCUCAGUGCAGGGAUUAUGCCAAGUAUAAUUCUGACAAGGAAGUUGAUAAUGAUUUGCCAGAAUUCAAUGCUGCAACUGACAUGGCAGAUCCAAAGUUUGAGAUUGGGAUGUUGUUUAGUGAUUGUAAGGUGUUUAGGGCAGCUGUCAGAGAAUACUCCAUAUUGCAGAAUAGGGAUGUAGUGUUUAUUAGGAAUGCGGCUUUGAAGCUGAAGGCAGUUUGUGGGGACCCAGAUUGUGGGAGGAUGAUAUAUGCUUCAAAAAUGCAACAUGACAACACAUUGCAAGUGAAGACAUAUGUAGGUGAGCACACAUGUACACAGGUAUGGAAGAACCCUACUGUGAAGUCAACAUGGAUAAGCAAGAAAUAUGUUGACAGUUUGAAGUCCAAUCCCCAGUGGCCAGUCAGGUCAUUCAAGCAGGCUGUUGAGAAGGAUUAUAAUACAGGGGUGUCAAGACAACAAGUGUAUAAGGCAAAACAGAAGGCACUAAAGCUGAUUGAGGGCAGUUUCAAUGAACAAUAUUCAAGAAUUUGGGAUUACUGUGAAGAAUUAAGGAAGAGAGCUGCUAAGGAAGGCUUCAAAGCUGGGUGCAGGCCUAUUAUAGGUUUAGAUGGAUGCUUUUUGAAGAGUGUUUAUGCAGGGCAAUUGUUAACUGCUGUGGGUAUAGAUGCCAAUAAUGAAACCUGGGUAAUUGCUUAUGCAGUUGUGGAAUCAGAGUGCAAAGAAUCUUGGAUUUGGUUUAUGGAGCUAUUGGUUAAGGACUGUGAGAUUGUGAAUCAAUUUGGGUUCACCUUUAUAUCCGACAAACAAAAAGGUUUACUACCUGCUUUUGAGCAAGUGGUCCCUAAUUGUAACAACCAGUUCUGUGCAAGACACCUGUUUUCCAACUAUAGUCUGUUUUUCAAAGCAAAAAGCCUCAGAGACAAGUUUUGGGAAGCAUCAUAUGCAACCACUGUCCCCCACUUUACAAGGGCCAUAGAAGACCUGAAAAAACUGUCAAAUGAUGCAUAUGAAUGGCUAACCAGUCCUGAUAAACCUCCAAGGCAUUGGUCCAAGUCACACUUCAACACUCAUUUGAAGUGUGACAUGUUGUUGAAUAAUCUUUGCGAGUCUUUCAAUGCUACCAUAUUGGAAUGUAUGGAUAGACCAAUUCUGUCAAUGUUUGAGUAUAUUAGAUGUAAGUUAAUGAGGAGAAUACAAGGAAGAAGGGACAAAAUGCUGAAAUGGAACAAGCCUAUCUGCCCAAGGAUAUUUAAGAAGGUGGAGGGAAAUAAAGCCAAGGCAGGUGCUUGUGUGGCAAUGUGGUCAGCCAUAAAUUAUAAAGGGGGUCCUAAUGUCAUGGAUUUUGUGGAUGACUGCUAUUUGAAAACAACUUACUUGAAGACAUAUGAGAAUUUCAUACUGCCUAUGAAUGGGAUGGAUAUGUGGGAUAGGAGUAACUUUCCGCCAUGUCUUCCUCCUUCUUACUCUAAACAGCCUGGAAGGCCAAGAAAAUGUAGAAAUAAAGAACAUGAAGAGUACAAGGGCAAGAUGAAGAUGAGAGCAUCAAGCAACCAAUCUGAAACUACAUUGUCUCGCAUUCCCAACACACAUGACUCUCUCAAAUGUGGCCAAUGUGGUAAAAAAGGGCACAAUAAGAGGACUUGCCAUAGGAAUCUUCCCCCAAAAGCCAAACCUGCAACUAAGAGGAAGAGGGCUGGUGGUCCAAGCACCCUAAAGCAAAGAUCCAAGCCUCCAAUGCGUGUGCAAAAAGGGAAGCCAAGUAAGAAAGGACAUGCCACUUAUGCAGCACAACCAGCUUUCCCUUCAUGUCCUCAUGCAUCAACUUCUGUUUCAACUGCAGGAUCAAAUGUUGUGCAUUGA